UGGGUGAUCCAUUCUUGAUUCAUUGAUUGUGAUUCCAGAUUGGUGCGAUGGCAUCAAAACAAUGAAGUGGUCGAUGCCGAUUUCACCUGUUCAUCAGCUACCUACACCAUCCCGAUUCUCGCACCUCUUUACAGUCAUCGACACAAUCGUGGCUAUUGUUGUUGGAGUCGCAAGCGUCAAGAAGCUUCAUCGAGACACUCUUUGAGGGUCCAUCACCCUUCAAACGGCUCGAUCGGUCGCACGCAAGCGUCACUUCGUCACAACCAUGUCCUCCACUGCGGAUCUCGCUUCCAAGGCCGAGGCGGGCGCCAAAGCGGCAGCAGGAGAUCUGGCUGCCAAGGUGAAUGCCGUCAAGCUGGACACCAACGGUACCAAUGGAGCAGCAGGCGCUGCGGCUGAUUCUGGAGACGAAGAGGACGACGCCGUAGGAGCUACGCCGGCUAGUGGCGAUGCUGCCACCGCUGCAAAGAAGAAGAAGAAGUCUGGAGCUGCGAAAAAAAAGAAGCAGGCGGCGAAUGGAAAGAAGAGCGUAAAGCAGACUGAUCCUCCCACUGUCGGCCUCACAAAGAUCUUUAGCGAUGGCAUCUUCCCCGUCGGAGAGAUUCAAGAGUAUGAUGACAAAUUCUACAAUGACAAUCGCAAGCGCAUCACUGCUGAAGAGCAGCGAGAGCGCGACAGGAUCGCACAGCAAGAAGAAGGAGCAGACUUCAACUAUGCUCGAAGAGCCGCCGAGGUUCAUCGCACAGUCCGUGGCUAUGCGCGCAAGGCGAUCAAGCCAGGCAUGACGAUGACGGAGAUCGCCGAGCUGAUCGAGAAUGGCACGCGCACGAUUGUAGAAGCCAAUGGGCUCGAGAGUGGCAUCGGUUUUCCCACCGGCUUGUCUCUCAACGAAGUCGCUGCGCAUUACACGCCCAAUGCUGGAGAUAAGCGCGUGUUGCAAGAGUCGGACGUGCUCAAGGUCGACUUUGGUGUGCACGUCAAGGGCCGCAUCGUCGACAGCGCUUUCACCCUCACUUUUGGUGAUAGCCCUUGGAACCCUCUGCUCGACGCUGUCAGAAGUGCCACCAAUGCCGGUAUCCGCGAGGCUGGUGUGGAUGCUCGUCUGAGCGACAUUGGAAAGAUCAUCCAGGAGACCAUGGAGAGCUACGAGUUUGAAGCGGAAGGCAAGACGCAAAAGGUCAAAGUCGUCAAGAACCUCAAUGGUCACAACAUCGACAGGUACAAGAUCCACGGCGGCAAGUCCGUGCCGUGCAUCCCCAUGCCCGAGAUGAAGGACCGCAUGGAGGAGGGAGAAUACUUUGCGAUUGAGACUUUCGGCAGCACAGGCAAGGGCUACGUCGAGAAUACCGGGGAUUGCUCUCACUACGCCAGAAAAAACGUUGGCAGACACGUCCCGCUGAGAGUUGCCUCUGCUAGGAGCUUGCUGCACACCAUCGACAAGAACUUUGGAACGCUGCCCUUCUGUAGAAGGUAUCUCGACCGACUCGGCGAAAAGUCAUAUUUGCUGGGCCUCAAGCAUCUCGUUCAGAUGGGCGUCGUCGAGGAUUACCCGCCUCUCGCCGAUAUUCCCGGCUCCAAAACGGCUCAGUUCGAGCAUACAUUCCGCGUUGGCUACGGCUACAAGGAAGUGCUGAGCCGAGGCGACGACUACUGAGUCAUCUCCUCCUCAAGUCAAAUGAGCGGUGAUGUGAGGAGCGUGGGCAGGGGACUGAGUGGCUAGUGGAGAAGAAGGAAGUCUUAUGAGAGACAUUGGGGGAGUGCAGACCUCCUUUCGUCUACGUCUCGG